GUUUCGAUAGUUCGUUUAUCGCAGGCAAAAAACGUGACGCGAGCCAAAUAUUUUGGACGACAUGCGUCGCGAGCUCGUCAGAAAGUCUCGUCUGGACACACGAGCCGCGAACGGGCCGGUCUACGGAUUUCCUCAUUAUUAAUCAGUAAUCACGAGCGAGAUAGCGUUCGCGAUAGUGGGUGACCUAUAGAGCCACCGAGCGUAAUGUCUGUAAUGAGCUUGACCAAGCAGUCGCAGUUUUUUGUGAAUCUCAAUCGAAAUCUGAAACGCUGCCUUCCAAUACUCCGUGAUCGAUAUCGGCUGGACAGACACGACAAUCAAACCCUCCUAGACAUGGUCGUACCCACGGAGCAUGCCCUUAACGAGGCGAUACAGGUCUCCCCACUAGUCCUCGUCGAUGAAGUGAGGCGGCAAAAAAUCGAACAAAAACUGGCAAAGUUGCAAUUCUCGCCCGCCAUCGUCAGAAAGAUCGAGGAUGUGUUCGUGAAGGAAAUGAACAGGGGGAUUCAUCAGCAGCCGUCCUCGCUGCGCAUGGAGAAUACUUAUAUACCGGAGCUCCUCGACGGCACAGAGGAGGGCUUGUACUUGGCGCUGGACCUCGGCGGCACGAAUUUCCGAGUACUCCUCUUGGAACUGGCCCACGGCACGCCGAUACGGGAGGAGGUGAAGAAGUACCACAUCAGCUCCGAUUUGAGAGUAGGCUCGGGGAUUCGCCUGUUUGAUUAUCUGGCGGAAUGCGUCAGCGAUUUCGUCAUCGCGCAGGGUCUUCAGGACGUAGAGCUUCCCCUUGGAUUCACUUUUUCCUUCCCGAUGAUACAACAUUCGCUGGACAUCGGGUUAUUAGUCACAUGGACGAAAACGUUCAAUUGUGUCGACGUCGUGAACAAAGAUGCCGUGAGGUUGCUGCGCGAGGCGUUGCAACGGCGAGGGGACACCAAAGUGAAAGUGGUGGCUAUACUGAACGACACUACGGGAACAUUGGUACAGGGGUCCACGUUAGAUCACGAAACUGCGAUAGGACUUAUAUUGGGUACCGGUAGCAACGCCUGUUACCUCGAGCGAGCUGACAGGGUGGAACAUUGGGAGACCGAGAGGCAUGGAGAACGCGAGGUGAUCGUCGACAUCGAAUGGGGUGCGUUUGGAGACAACGGCGUGCUAGAUUUUAUCAAGACGGAUUACGAUCGCGAGAACGAUGCGAACUCUCUCAUUGUAAAUUCAUUCACGUUCGAGAAGUACAUAAGUGGGAAAUACUUAGGCGAAAUCGUGCGAGUGGUCCUCGCGAAACUGUACAAAGAUGGCCUUUUGUUCUUAGGCGAACAGAACACGCCCGGAAUACUUUCGGUCUCCGGGGACCUCACCAGCGAUUUAGUAUCGGACAUUGAGCAGGACUCUCUCGACGGUGGUGAUAACAACACGAAGGAAGUACUGAUAAAGUUCGGUAUCGUCCCGGACGAAGAGGACGUGAAAAUUGUACAAUACGUUUGCGAAGUGGUGUCCAAUCGUGCAGCUCUUCUCGUCUCGAUAUGCCUGGCAGCUUUGUUAAAGCGAAUCGAUAAGAAUCGUGUCACGAUUGCUGUAGACGGAUCUCUAUACAAACACCAUCCCCGAAUGGAAACGUGGAUGAAGGCCUACAUUCCAUUGCUAGCUCCCGAUCACAAAUUUGAGAUGAUCCACGCCGAGGACGGAAGCGGAAAGGGUGCUGCGCUCGUAGCCGCGAUCGCGCAAAGACUCCAGCAAAGACUAGAUUAGUAACCGGUGAAAAUGUCAACUGAGCUGGCCUGCGAUUUACUAAUUAUUAGUGGCGUAAAACGAUUCGCACCAGAUCUCUAGUUAAACGAUUGUCCAGAGUGAUUGUCUAGCGUAAUUUUAACGGCCAUGUACAGUCAGUCACAUUCUGUAUGUUAAUAAUGUCAUCAGUCACGUUGUUGACCUUCCAUCAUCGAGGAACUUAGGUGAAAUAUUUCAUUGUUUAUACAAAGAAUAACCGCGUAGCAGUUGUUAUACUAAAAAUUAUUGUUGUAAGUAAAAUGAAUUCUGUUGUUAGCUGCUUCGCAAAGUGAUAUUCGUGGGAGAGAUAUAGAUUAUUGUAUUUCGUAGUUUUACGAGAAAGAGAUCUUUAGGAGGCGUUAUGCCUAAGAAUUUGUACUGUUGUGAGUCUUCAAUUGCGUCUUCGUGGAAGCGCAUUCGAAAUUCGUAUAACCGAACCUGAAUGUUUAUGUGUACGAAUAAUAGAUAUUACUUUUCUUAACGUUGCCCGAAAUACUCGCAAAUGUAUAUCACAGGUCGACAUUUGAUCUUUCUCAUGGAAUACUGAAAUGAUGAAUCACAUAGCGUUAUAUCUUAGUUAUCCGUAAAUCUGUUUAUACUUAUACAAUUUAAAAACAUCGAAAGCGAGCCUAGUAUACGACGAUAACGCACAAGUGCAAUUGCUUACUGUGAGAAAAAUAAGAGAUAAAUUCGGGAUUAAUGCUGUAAGAUCGAUAUACGUCUCGGUUAAGCAACCUGUUUGCACUCCCGCGUUAGCAACAAUAGGGGAUCGACCAAGUAAUGACAUAAGGAAGUUUAUAGAAAGUAAGAGAAAGAGCAUGGCGUAAGCAUUUAAGAACAAACAUAUUUGUUUACAUCAUUGUAAAUUGUAAAAGAACGCAAGGACGUUCUGUUUUUUGCACUAGUGGAACGAGGUUGUUAUAAUAAAAGUUCGAAUGAAAAUCA